GGGCGGGAGCGGGCGUGUGACGGGAGCGGCCGUUGGGGACAGCGCGCGUGCCCGCGGGGCCCUGAGGAGCGGCGCGGCCCGGCACGAGGUACCGGGGGCGGGACGGAUCCCCCAUCGCCCCGGCUUGUGGGGGCGUCGGGCUGCUUCACACAGCGCCUUGUCCGCCGCCACACGAGAAAGUGCGCAGGGGCAUCAAUGUGUUCAAGACAUAUAUUUGGAAGGUGGGGAACUAGUGGAAGAGUUGCAACUUUUUGAAGAUACAAACCUUACCAUAUCUGGAAAGUAAUUAAGGAAACUUCAUCCACACUUCAUCAAAAUGCAGCGGAGUUUGUUACAUUCUGCAUCCCAGCUGGCACACGGGACGUGUUGGUUCUUCCCUCGCACCGGUGUCUUUCAGUGCUUAAACGGACAGUCUGUGCUGUCUAAAGUGGGAUGCAGAGUGAUUCUGGCACUGGACCCUCCGAAACGAUGUCUCCAUGCAGGUGCAGCUCACUUUGCCUCAAAGAAAACUGCUUUUUCAUCACAGCCAGCAGAUGCUUCUCGCAAAGUACCAGAAGAGAGAAGUUCCUUGCCUUUGGCCACUGAUGCACUCAAGGAGAGCCCUGCAGAAUCAGAUUCUUCAGAACCUGAUCCAUUACAAGACAAAUCAAUUAGUCUUGUUCAGAGAUUCAAGAAAACUUUUAAGCAAUAUGGGAAAGUCAUGAUUCCAGUGCACCUAGUGACUUCCACUGUAUGGUUUGGAUCCUUUUACUAUGCAGCCAUGAAUGGGGUGAAUGUUGUUCCAUUCCUAGAGUUGAUUGGCUUACCAGACAGCGUAGUAGACAUCCUGAAAAAUUCCCAGAGUGGAAAUGCACUAACUGCAUAUGCAUUAUAUAAAAUUGCAACUCCUGCCAGAUACACUGUGACUUUGGGAGGAACAUCCGUCACUGUUAAAUACCUACGUAAGCACGGCUACAUGUCCACACCACCACCAGUGAAGGAAUACCUACAAGACAGGAUGGGGGAAACAAAGGAUAAAAUUACGGAGAAGAUGGAGGAAACAAAGGAUAAAAUUACGGAGAAGAUGGGGGAAACAAAGGAUAAAAUUACGGAGAAGAUGGGGGAAACAAAGGAUAAAAUUACGGAGAAGAUGGGGGAAACAAAGGAUAAAAUUACAGAGAAGAUACAAGAAACCAAAGAUAAAGUUUCAUUUAAAAAAAUAAAGGAGUAGGAGAGAUGCUUCAUUUUUGGAUAUAGCAAACUUAGCACUUUAACCCUUUGUGAGGCAGGAUAUGCAAAGUGCACUUCUGAGCUUUUUUUUUUUUUUUUCCUUUCUUUUGUUUUUGCCCUUUGUCUGCAGACUACAAUUGGUAUGUGGAUUUAAAGGCUAAAGUUCCUUGGGGAAGAGGUUGUGACAAAGUUUCAAUUUACAGAAGGAAAAGUGGACCUCAGAUUAGAAGUUAACAUGUCCCUUGGAAAUAAUGUUAACAAUUACUCUUCCCUCUGUUUCUUUCCACACCCUCCUCCUCAAAAUGAAGGCAAUUUCUGCCAAGAGCCACCACUCUGUUCUUCUCCCAUCACAGUGCACAGCCAUGGUUCCACUAAACUGAGCCUUCCAUUAAAUGAGAGUGAAGAUUUCUCUACUGGAAAGAGCAGCAUGUUUAGGUUUUUAGAGAUGUGGACCCAAGCCUCUUCAAUCGUGAUCAUCUCUCAGUUUGGAGCAGACCAUUGUCACUGAUACUGCACAUGAAGGAACUGGUGGAUCAGCUACUCAGCAGGAAUUAAUUUACAAUGGCUUCCUUGGCUUCUGCCAGGCUGCAGUGGUUUACAGGUUGAGACUAUGAAUCUUUCUUGGACAGUGCAUCUCUUCAGAAAUCUCAACUGAAAGCUAUAGGAAGAUGAGUUAAUCACAGUAGCCAUACUGUCAAGUAUACUUUGUUUCCUGAAGUUGAUUUACAGUACAAAGUCAUUAAAUGAAAUUAAUCAAUAAUUGUAUAUUAAACACUAGGAUUUGUUCAUUGUGUUAAAGUUUACAAACCUACUCUAUUUCAUUUUUGAAACAAAAAAAAAAAAUUGAAAGAGAAGUUUGUUUGAGAAACUGCUAUAUUAAGCGGCUUUUUAUACACAUGGAAAGUUAGCGUUAAACCCCUAAGUUCCACCUCCUCCCUCAGAUCUCAGUAAAACAAUUUGACUAAAAUAAGCAUGAUUUCUGAGACAGUGAUCACAGUCUACCAAACUUUUUUUCCCUAGAUUAAGUCAAGCAAACACUUAUUCAUACCUGAAGGCUGAAAUGCUGUCUCAGAUGUCAUAAGGGACUAAAGUUGAAACUCUUCUGUUUGGCUGGGCAGGCAAACUUCUCUCAGUUUUAUUCAAAUGUAGGCUAAAUUGAAGUGUGUUUUUCCUAUUUCUACUACAGAUCUCACUUUGGAACAACUCAGCAUGUGUAAGUUGUUUUACAAAGGUGCUUUUUUGCAGGGAGAUAUGGGGAAGCAACAGAGUUGGACUCUGAGCAUUGCAAUUCACAAGUAUCAGCUCUGCCCCACUGUCCUGUUUUCAUUCAAGUCACUGAGAGCUUCUCCAUGUUAAAGUGAGUUGAACUUCAUUAACUUAAUUGUGCAGGACUGAUUACAUACUUCUCUGCCUCUGCUCACAUAUAAAGUAGUAACUGCAAUCCAAUGCCUACCUCACAGGGAUGUUGUGAGGAAUAAUCAUUGUCUAUUCAGUGACCUGAAGAUGUAAAGUGCCAUGUUUCUGAGAAAUAUUAUUAAAAAAAACAAACAUUUCUGUGAA